AUGAGUGAGGAUAAGCAUUUUAUGCAACCAGUUAUUCCAGUUUUCUAUUGUCACUAUGACCAUUGGAGCAUGCUUAUGGAAAACCUACUAAAAUCCAAAAGGUAUUGGCACCUAAUUGAAACUGAUUACAAAGAACCAAAAAAGGGAGAGACAUUAUCUGAGGUGUGGCAAAAGGAAUACGAAGAUUUGAUGUUGAAGGAUCUCAAAGCUAAGAAUUAUCUAUUCCAAGCUAUAGAUAGAACUACUCUUGAGCAAAUUUUAGAGAAACACACAGCAAAACAAAUAUGGGAUUCCAUGAAGAAAAAGUAUGAAGGAAAUGCAAAGAGUCCUCUCAUUGUACACGAGCAAAAGUUUCACAGAAACAAAGUUGACGAGCAAGCCCUCAAAGUGACCAUUGAUGAUCAAAAUGAAAAUAAAGGUCGACGUCGAGGACAAAGAGGCUAUACAGGUAGAGGUAGAGGCCGAGGAUGGCAACCUUUCAAUAAGGCAACCAUUGAACGUUACAAAUUUCAUAAGCUUGGUCAUUUUCAGUAUGAAUGUUCAACACUAAAGAAUGUCAACUAUGUUGAAUUGAAUGAAAAAGAAGAAAUGUUGUUGAUGUCCUAUGUAGAUGUGAAUCAUGCUUCACAGGAGGACAUAUGGUUUCUUGAUUCAAGUUGCUCAAAUCAUAUGAGUAGUAAUAAAGUUGCAUUCCAUGAGUUAGAUGAAGCUUACCGAGAUUCAAUAAAAUUGGACAAUAAUACCAAAAUGAGUGUACUUGAAAAAGAAAUGUGA